GUUCUUGUAGUGAUGUGAUUUUUUUUAUUUAUUUCAAAUCAUUAUUAAUAAUCAUAUUUUCUGAUGGCGUCUAAUGUGAUGUCUGUGAGGUUCGUCUGCGGCUUUGUGCUCGGCGCCACUUCCGGCGUCACAGCUCUCAAACUCUAUCUGUAUGAAGAGCAGAAAACAGAGUCAGGGAGCUCGGCUUUUGGUCUCCUCGAGCGCUUCGGUCUUCCUGACAGCGGCGCCGAGACCCGGUUCUACAGGAAUCAUGCUCUGUCGUACGAUCAGACGCACCGCACGCCCCGCUGGGUGGCAGAACACCUGAGCGCUCAGGGAUUACUGGGUCACGCAGACCGCAAACACUGCCGAUUCAGACCCGAUCCCGGCGUUCCCGAACUCUUCACGGCCCGGAACGAGGAUUACCUGCGCAGCGGCUGGUCUCGAGGACACAUGGCCCCCGCCGGAGACAACAAGAUCUCCGAGCAAGCAAUGGCGGAGACCUUCUAUCUGUCCAACAUCGUGCCACAGAACUACGAGAACAAUGCGGGCUUCUGGAACAGGCUGGAGAUGUACUGCAGAGAUCUGACGCAGAGCUUCAGUCACAUCUGGAUUGUUUCUGGACCACUGCUGCUGCCUCAGACACAAGACAAAGGCAGCAGAACCGUCUGCUAUCAGCUCAUCGGGAAAGGCGACGUUGCAGUUCCCACUCAUCUCUACAAAGUCAUCCUCGCUCAGAAAGACUCGUCUCCAGACUCUCUGGCUCUCGGAGCGUUUGUUGUCCCGAACGCUCCGAUCGGCUUCGAGCAUCCGCUGACUGAGUUUCAGGUGAGUCUGUCUGAUCUGGAGCGUGUGUCCGGCCUGACGUUCUUCCCUGCGGUGGAGCGCCGCGAGCAGCUGAAGAAUCUGUGUGAUGUGGACUCCUGCCAGCUCAUGGACUUCGAACGCUUCACGCUGUACAUCAGCGGCCGGAAGCUAGCCAGCGCUAGGACCCUCGCGCGGCUGGAGAAGAUCAUGACGGAGCUGAAGGAUGCAGGCAUCACACCUGACCACUACCUGAGCAACCUUUACCUGGAGAAGAAACGAGAACUGGAAGAGAAAGCGGAACGGGAGAAGAAACCAGAGCCAUGAGAGUGCUGAGUUUUAUCGUUUUCCUUCAUUGCAUCGCAGUAUUUCAGUGCAUUUUUUACUUUUUAUUGUUAUUGUUGUUUUAGCAUUCAUUAAACCUUCAUCACUGGGACCAGCCUCACACACUCAGAAGUGUUGGAACGUUA